AUGAGAGUGUUAACCUACAAACGUACAAAAAGGUGUGGGGGGAAUCGCCAACUCCUUUGUCAAAGAGGGCAAUAUUUGAAUCCCAGAACAUGCGUUUGCGAACCUCUUUGCCCUUAUAUAAGAUGCAGGCCACCCCUUGUCGUCAACUACAAAAAUUGUAAUUGUGAAUGCGAACCACUUUUAUGUGGACCAUCAGUUUUUCUUAAUCCGAACACGUGUACGUGUGAGUUAUGCGUGGAACAAAAUUGCGAUGGUAAUUUUGUUUGGAACUCACAGAGUUGUCAAUGUGAAUGUAGGCCAUUAAGAAUGAUCUGUCCUUUUGGUUCUUCUUGGGACCCUGUGACGUGUCAAUGCACAUAA